AGCCGCUUUGUUUCAAGAGCUGCACGCCAACCAUCGAUCACACACCGUCUGUGAACCCGACGCAGCCGGGGGUGCGCGCGUGCGGCGACCGCGAUGAUGUUUCCUGACUGCCACGGUCAGCUGCUGACCGGCACGCAGAGGCUGCCGCUGCCCGAGCGCGACCCCAGGUGCAUCCUCACGCCAGACCCGCCCGAGUGCCCUGGGGGCCUGGAGGGCGACGGGCUCACGAGCGGGCGCGCGACCCCAACCUGCGCGACGAUCGCUGGCCGGGGCCUGUUCGAGAGGCUGUGCGAAGACGUCACCACCAAGCUGCACCGCGUCAGGAGCACCAGCAGGGGCUCGGAGAGGACGGCCGCACGGCCCCUGCCGGCGGGGAGGCCGCGCGCUCGGUCCUGCGGCAGGCGCUCUGCGCGGCGGGGCCGCCCGCCCGGCCGCCGGAGCCCGCCGCGCUGCUCGCGGGCCAGGAGGGCGGUGCUGCCGCCUGCAGAGGUCCAGUGGCAGCAGGCCUCGCCAGACCUGGGCGAGCCGCCGCCCGCCGCCCGCGCGGUCGUCUCCGUCGGGAGCCUGGGCCACCCCCACGCCUGCAACGAGGCGUGCAAGUACGUGAAGCGCAAGACGGGCUGCCUCAUGGGGGCCUCGUGCAACCGUUGCCACCUGUGCCACUGGCACCGCAGGGGCAAGGACCUCCCCGCGCCGUUCCCCGCGCGGCAGGCGCCCCCGCCGCCGCCGCCCGCCGCCGUGCGCCCGCGGCCGGCCACCACGGCCCCGCCGCUCGCGGCCUCGCCCUGGCCCACCGGUUCGCACUGCGCGCCGCUGGCCGUCGCCUCGAUGGAGCCGGCGUACGUGCACGUGCCGCCCGGCGCGGCAGGCGCCGCGGCCUUCGGCGGGGCCCUCGCCGCGGCGGCCGAGGGCGGCGUCGAGGCCGCGCGGGGCGCUGCCUCGGGGAGCCCGUUCCCCUCGCUGGGCUCCGUCGGGCACCCUCACGGCUGCGGGCGCGCGUGCAAGUACGCGGGCAAGGCGAGCGGCUGCAAGGUCGGCCCCCUCUGCAAUCGCUGCCACCUCUGUCGCUGGACCCGGUCCAGGGAGCACGCGUACGCCAACGGCCUGGCGUAAUAUUCAGGGCAGGUCGCCCGCGCUCGGGGCAGCCCAGAGAGCACAGCUACAGAUGUCCUCGAGGCGAGGGUUAUAACUCCCCACGGGUUGCUCCCGGGUGCGGCCCGAAUGCUGCAGCGACCACUAAGCUGUACAUGCUUAGCCUGUCUUGAGUGAUGGGUCACUUCGUGUAUCGAAGACCGUUGCCACGUGCCACGGCUCAGCAGGGAGGGUGCUGGUCUGUGUUGGGAGUAGCGUGCUGGAAGUCCUUCUCCCUGCGCUCGCCUUUGCAUUUCCAGCAGGGAGGGACGGGAGAUGGUACACGGAUGCUCCAGUAUUUUCAGCCGUUCGCAGAGCGGCCCUCUGCAAGACGAUCCAGAGCUUCUGCCAAGGCACCGCUGACUUGCUGUUCUGGCGAGGUCGAGCGGCGCGGCGGGGGGUGGUGGGCCCUAGAUCAAAAGAGAAGCAGUACGCAAUUCCGUUACCAGAGGAGCCUGAGGUGGAGUUCCCCCUCUAAGUGUUCUUCUCAUUUCUCAGUCGGCGUCACCCUGUCGACUGGCGUAGGGGUGCAGAACUGCUCUGGCAGAAAGCUUGCCACUUUGGCGCGGAUGGGUGGGUAGAACUUCUGUUUCUCGAGGACUCGCCGUGUUGGCGCCCGUGCCCGCUGUUGGGCGCCUCGUGGGCGCUCAGUGCGCCGGCCGGGCUUCCCGAGGAUUCGCCACGUUGGCACUCGUGCCCGCUGCCGCCGCCACAUUUUCACGGGCCCCAAGCAUCUCAAGCGCCAGGGAACGGCAGCAUCCCCACCAGGUGCAUCAUGUGCCAGCUCUUACAGCAGGGCAGUACGAGCUGCCCUGGCUGACGCCGACUGCCUGGUAGGGCAGAUCGUGGCAGAUAGGCGUGCAAGGCAGUGCAGUAUGACUGUCUUGGACAGCGCACACUUUAACCGAUGUGGUGUAUGAGCGCCCUCGUCUCCCGUUAUACCUAGCAUUCCAGGCCUCGAGGACGGCGCGAGGGCGCCCUCUUCGAGCGGGGCUUCUGCGCCACGGCGCAGCGCGGCAGCCGAGCGCGCUAAUGAGGCGUGGCUGCUCUCGUGCGUGUGCACCCAAGAGCUUAGAUACAUCGGGGACGCGUACGGCGAGUCACCGCCACCCCCCUGCCUUUUGGACUCGCCCGAGCCCUGAAAUGCAGUGUCCCUCCUGUGCUGCAGGUUCCCCCAGCUGUUGGAAAGACCUUGGUGGUCUGGCCCCGGAAAAGUCGUUGGAAUGUUCAACACAGAGGUCUCAAGGGGACCUCAGGACACUCCACUCGGUGCCUCGCGGCACGGGGGCGGAUGUACGCGACCCUGCGUGGUGCGUUGGCAGGGCUCUGCCCCUGACAAAGAGGGGGCGAGGGGCGG